CCGGGCAAGCAGACGCGGUUGGCGGGGGGGGAUGACAUCUGGAAAGACGGUGACGAAGUUCAGUGCGACGCUGAGGAGGACGACAUCGGUGACGUGUUCCCGUUGCGUGCUCCGAACAUGGGUGGCAGGGGCGGCAGAGGCAGGGCUUCGACGAAUGUUGGGCGGAGGUGGAAGAGGCCGUCGGCGACCUCUGCUGAUGCGGAAGGUGAGGGGGAUGGGGAGGGUGGCCGGAAUUUCUGGUCUGUGGAUCACAUGGUGACCCUCAUAAGGGCGAAGCGGGAUCAGGACGCCCAGCUGCAAGCGGCRGGGCACRCAUUCGCACGGAUGCAGUCGAGGGAGUGGAAAUGGUUGGACGUCCGGGAGAGGUUGCUGAAGGUCRGUGUWKACAGGCGGACAGACAAAUGUGGGAAGAAAUGGRAUAAUCUCAUGCAACAGUUCAAAAAGAUCCACACUUUCAUGGGCAUGUCGGGGAAGGAGGACUUCUUCCAGUUGACGAGUCAGCAAAGGGCAGAGAAAGGAUUCAGCUUCAACAUGGAUCGGGCCGUCUACGAGGAGAUCAAAGGGGUAAAGGAGAGGAGCCACACUAUCAGCCCGAGCAAUGUUGCAGACACCGGUGGCGCAGGAGGUGUGCAACUCCGAUCUGCUUACCGUGUGGUUGCCGUCUCUUCGUCAUCGCCAUCAUCGUCGUCUGUCUUCUCGGCGAUGACGAAUACUCGCAACUCUGGCAAGGGGAAAAGGGAGAGGGAUUCCCAGAAAACAAAAGCUGCCAGCGUCGUGAAGUGGGGGAGACAUCAGGCGAAGAAGCCCAAGGCAUCAAGCGACGGUGCUCUGGUGAUCGGGAGGUCCGCGCGGGAAGAGUGGGUUACCGAGGCCAGCAGCGGACAGGACGACGAUUUCGAAUCGGAGGCGGAGACGUUUCAUGGGAGGAAAGCUAUGAAACACCCGCAGACGCGUCCGCGGGGUCGAGCUCGGAUCGCGGACCCAAAUGGGUCUGCAUCCGCGGCCUACCUGGUCCGCACCGCGGACCCGAUUUUACACGAAUUUUCCUGAAUUAAAUAAUAGGUAAAAAACAAAAGA